AUGUCCGUCACAGAGAUCAAUCAAACACCAGAGGAGCCCAUCUCCAUCCCCUCCAACCUCGAUGGCGUCGCCUACCUCUACGGCCACCCCCUCCUCAACUCCCUCUCCCCCCUCUCCACCAGACCCGUAACCGGCACAUCGGAGACCUACCCACCACCAUACACAAAGUCCCCCCCAAUUGAGAAAUACCUAGCCUCAAUCAAAUCCAACCCUAAAUUCGUCGGCUCAUCCGUGACAAUGCCCCACAAGGUCGCAAUCAUGCCUCACCUCGACGACCUGACCGAGCACGCCCGCCAAGCAGGCGCCUGCAACACCAUCUUCCUGCGGAAUGACCCAGCAACCGGCCAACGCCAGUACGUCGGCACAAACACCGACUGCGACGGCAUCCGCGAAGCCCUAACCCAAAACGCCCCGGACGCCUCCCGCUUCCGCGGCCGGCCGGCCCUCAUCAUCGGCGGCGGUGGCACUGCCCGAACGGCUAUCUACGUUAUGCGCCGCUGGCUCGGCUCCAGCGCAAUCUAUGUCGUCAACCGUGAUGCCGACGAAGUCGCCGCCAUCCUCGCAGAGGACCGCGCCCGCAACCCGGAUCCGACUGCCCAGGCGCCGCUUAUCCCUGUCACGGAUGCUGCUGAGGCUGCACGUCUUGAGGCACCUGCUGCUAUCGUCUCUGGUAUUCCUAACUACCCUCCCAAGACUGCCGAGGAGUUGAACACCCGGGCGGUCAUCCAGGCUUUCUUGGGCACUGCUGUCAACGCGGAGAAGCAGCAGGGUGUUAUUUUGGAGAUGUGCUACCACCCCAACCCCUGGACUGAGAUCGCUCAGUUGGCUUCGAUUGGUGGAUGGAAGGUUAUUCUUGGCUCUGAAGCUUUGAUCUGGCAGGGUCUUGAGCAGGCGCGUUUGUGGACUGGCAAGGACGUUAUAGGGACUCCUGGCCUUGUGCAGCAGGUGAAGGAUCUCAUUAACAAGUCUAUUGCUGAACGGUCGACGAACAAGUCUAGUCUGUGA